CGUCAUUUGGUUUGGUGGCCAGAUAAAAGUUCAAAACGACGUCGUAGUCUCCAGUCGCGGUUGCCUCGAGAACACAAAAUUUGAGGUCACCGUUAUCGUGUCCGCGACACUGAAUGGAAAAGCAUGACAGUGGCAGUUUUAGUAUUACGAUAUGAUUCGAUUCUAUCCAGAACCAAAAUCUUAGUUUCAAAAUCAUCAAGCUUUCCUCGGCUUUUUCUCAUUCCUCAUGGAUUUACGCGAAACCGUUGAUUUUGCUCGUAACUUUGCUGUAAUGGUCAGAGUCCACGGCCCGGACCCAAAGGGGCUGAAGAUGCGAAAACAUGCUUUUCAUCAAUACAAUUCUGGCAAUACAACACUUUCAGCUUCUGGGAUGCUAUUGCCUGAUACCCUUUACCAUGCUGACUUGGCAAAGCAAGUUUUGGUCAGUAAUAGCAAGGAGGGUCAUGGUCUGGUGCUGGUUUUGACCGUUGCUUCUGUUGUUGAGUCUUUUCUGUCACCAAACCAGAGGGAGAACAUUUCUCAGGGCCAGCCCGAGAUGAUUCCUGGUGCUCAGAUUGAUAUUAUGAUAGAGGAAAAGUUGGGGGUAGAAAGACAUGCUGAGGGAAGCUUGGAUAAAGGAGCUUCUAGUUGGUUCACUGCUCAACUUCUAAGAUUGGUCGAUGUUCCUGUAUCUUCCCAUGCUCUCCAAUCACUUAUUGAAUCCUCUUCAGGCUUAGUAGGUAAUGGAUGGGAGACCGGUUGGUCUUUGGCCUCCUAUGAUAAUGGUCCUCGAACUUUUAUGGAUGCUGGUCAGACACAGACUGAAGGUCGUAAUACAUCUUUCAUGGAGGGGCAGGGGCACUUACCAGUGGAGGAAUCUGGCAAUCCAAGCCUUAUGAGCAAUGCAACUACUAGAAUUGCUAUUCUUGGAACUUUCUUAGGUUUGAAGGAUCUACCAAACAUUGCAAUAUCACCGUCAAACAGAAGAGGGGAUUUUCUUUUAGCUGUGGGUUCUCCUUUUGGCAUCCUGUCGCCUGUGCAUUUCUUUAACAGCUUGUCAGUGGGAUCGAUUGCCAAUUGCUAUCCAGCUAGAUCAUCAAAUAUUUCAUUGCUGAUGGCUGACAUUCAGUGUCUUCCAGGAAUGGAAGGGGGCCCAAUUUUUGGAGAACUUGCACAUCUCAUUGGCAUUUUGAUUAGACCUUUGAGGCAAAAGAGUAGUAGUGCUGAAAUUCAGCUGGUGAUUCCGUGGGAAACCAUUGCAACUGCUUGCAGUGACUUGCUGCUGAAGGAGCCUCAAAAUGCAGAAAAAGGGACCCAUUUUAAUGAGGAAAACUUAAAUGCUGUAGGGAAUGCAUACAGUCAUGAGCCAGAUGGACCCUUAUGUUAUGAAUACAAGCCUCUUAAUUCUUAUUGCCGUUCUCUGCUCUCUCUUGAAAAGGUGACGGCUUCUGUUUGUCUUAUUACAAUUGAUGAAGGUGUAUGGGCAUCUGGGGUUCUGCUGAAUGAUCGGGGCCUGAUACUCACAAAUGCUCACCUGUUAGAACCAUGGAGAUUUGGGAAAACAACUGUAAAUGGAGGAAGGAAUGGAGUCAAUUCAGAGGACCUCUUCCUCCUGCCUGAAGAAUCUGUGUUUCCUGGGCAUAGUAAUGUUGAUAGCUACCAGAAAAGUGACAGGUUGACAACGGAAGCAAUAAAGAUCAAGAAUUCCUCUAUGAUUGAUAAGAGCAAGGGAUACCAAUUGAGUUUGUCUUACCAAGGCUAUAGAAAUAUACGUGUUCGCUUGGAUCAUGUAAAUCCUUGGAUUUGGAGUGAUGCCAAAGUAGUCUACGUUAGUAAGGGGCCUUUGGAUGUUGCCCUACUGCAGCUUGAAUAUGUUCCAGAUCAGCUUUGCCCUAUCAAGGUGGAUAUGGUGUGCCCAGUUUUGGGAUCAAAGGCAUACGUCAUUGGACAUGGACUAUUUGGACCUAAAUGCGGCUUUUCCCCUUCUGUUUGCUCUGGAGUGGUAGCAAAAAUAGUUAAAGCGAAAGCUCCUCCGUAUUAUCAAUACAAUCAAGGAGGACAUUCAAGUAUUCCUGCAAUGCUUGAAACAACAGCUGCUGUUCACCCUGGUGGUAGUGGUGGUGCUGUCAUUAAUUCGAAAGGUCAUAUGAUUGGACUUGUUACCAGCAAUUCAAGGCAUGGUGGAGGGACAGUUAUACCACAUCUGAAUUUCAGCAUUCCCUGUGCACUAUUGGCGCCCAUCUUUGAAUUUGCAAGAGGUGGUUUAACUGAACUGUUCUUUGUAUUUCCAGACAUUGUACAUGCUCUGUACUCACAAUAUCUGAUAAAUUUGGUUUCAUUGAGACAGAUAUGAUGGAUAUUUCACUUCUGCAGAAUCUUGAUCAACCCAAUGAAGACCUUUCUUCAGUGUGGGCGUUAAUGCCGCGGCUCUCCCCCGAGCCAAGCCCUAUCCUGCCUAUUCUGCCAGAAGAUAAUAGUAAACAUGGAAAGGGUUCCAAAUUUGCUAAAUUCAUGGCUGAAAGAGAGAGAGUUUUGAGGAGCUCAGUUCAACAAAGCAAGGUGGAAAGCAUUUCAAAUGCGAGUUUUCCUAGUAAGUUAUGACCAUGGACCAAUCUUGUACCAAUUGAACGAGAUAUUAUCAGCAUGAAAGCCGAAUCAUAUCGAUAAAUUCUCAAGUGAAGUUGUUAAACUUAAAUACAACCAGAAAAUACUCUGUACACAAAAAACACUAUGUUUUAUUUGUUGUUCUUGCAAGUUUGUAUUCACACAGAUUCAGAUGUCUUGUACAAUGAUACCUUACAAUCAGUUAUAUCCGUUGUGUACUUCCAGAACCUGAAUUUUGGGUCUCUGUUAUUCUUCAUUGAAAUAAAAUGAUAAUCUUCGUGGUAGGAAAA